AUGGCUUCUUGGGCAACACUUCAAGAGUUGCCUCAUCUCCACAUCGAUCCGCCUGCUACUAUCGAAUGGCCUGAAUCCGAGCAAGAUAAGAGCUAUAGCUCAGAGCAGCCAUGGCGACUGCGGAAGUAUGAUCCAUACAACAAUGGUGUCGGAUUUGACGAGGACAUCGUGGCAAACCUAGAACAGCUCCAUGUACCUAAGGGAAUUCUUACGACCACCGCGACAUAUAAUCAACUUAUACGCUUUACCCAUAUAAGACAGACCCGCUUUCAAGGGCCACCAAACAGGGAUGGAAGCAAUCUCAACGUUGUCCUCACCAAAGACCCUAAAGACGGACGUGCCAUCGAAGUCAAUGGAUCAGAUAGCCUGCAGUAUAUGUGGAGAUGCUACGCUGCCGUUCUCCGCGCUAUACACCGCGAAGGCCAAAUCAAACCUGGGGUAGGUGGCACCUGGGUUUACCAACCUUGGAAUGAACUUGCGCAUAUGAUGCAAACAUAUCCACAAGAGCUCGAGAGGCUCGAGAAUGAAAGAGUGCGCAGGGGUCCUUUUGAGAACGCAACGACAUCAGGUUUUGAGUGGUUGCACUCUUUUGGCGAACAUUUGAGUGAGAUGAUGGGUUGCUUGCAAGCAAUCAUCACUUGGGCACAAGAAGUGGGAGAAGAUCCAAGAGAAUAUGUUCAUGAGGCAUUUUCACGAUUUCCGGCAACGGUACAGCUUCUCGUGGUUCUGAAGAGCAGGGAAAUUGCUUUCGAGGAGGCCAUCGGUAAUGAGCAUUUCGAAGACGUUCUGAUCGACAAACGUCUCUGGGCGAUCGCCCCCAGAGAUUUCUACAACUUCGGCCGCGAUUGGAAAAUCCCUGCGCGAAAGUGGUUCACCUUUCUCAAUGGCACUGUCAAACCUCAACUUGCCCGAUUUCGUAAACAGCUGCGGGAUCGGUUUGAUUACCGCCUGCUUGUCGAUUGGGGCUACGGCCGAUUAUGGAAGAAAUUGUACAUCUUUUUCAAACCCGAGAGCCAGGCCGAAAAAGAGGCAAUCAAGCAAUUCUCCAAAUUUGCCACAGGUCACAGCAAGCUUGCAUUCAACCUCUUUGCAAUCCACCCGCUCGAUAUUGAAGAAGUGAAACCUGAUCCCUGCUCGAUUUGCCUUUGUGAUUUCGAGUAUGACGACCUGGUCAUGGAAACCCAUUGCAACCACCACUUCCACCCAGCCUGCCUGUUCAGCUACUGGGACGACGAGCACCGCUUUCAAAACCGCUGUCCAGAGUGUCGCACCUCGCAGGGCAUUUUGCGCGAAAAAGUCAACUUCGAAGCGCAGCGUGUCGACAAGUGCUACGAAUCUAACCACGAAUUGGAAAGGCUGGAGCAGGCUUAUAUGGUGGCAUUGGUCGAGAGAGUGAGGGGAAACAUCGCGUUUCACGAUGCGCCGCCGUUGAUGGAGCUGUGGUGUCGUUCGAGGGUAGAGAGAUUGUUGAAGGAAGAGAGGGAGAGGAAGAAGCUGAAUGUCCAAGGUUGGAAUGAUCUUAGUUAA